AUGUAUCAGCUUUUUGGUAAAAAGCCGAACUACAAGUACAUUCAGAAGAUGAUUUUUGUUUUGGAGAAUGUACGAAGACGAAGCAGUGGCCCACGACAUAGUGGUGGGGAACCUGGGGAGGAGCAGGGCAAGAGAGAAGCGUCAGAUGAACCAAGAAGUUUGAUGGAUAUUGAUUUUACCCAGAAGGUUGAUAGUCCAGGUAAUAUUCAGUUUAUUAUAAUCCUGGGGAUACAUAGUUUUUCAGGAUGUUGCGUCUUGCAGGUAUUUGUACACGCUUCCUUUGAGAAGUGUACCUCUGUUGCACUUUGCAGUAUUCAAGUGCAUGCUCCUAUCUAUCCCUAUCUAGCUGUAUUUGUUCUUAUCUAUCUGUAUCUGUCACUAUCAAAGCUCCCCCUCAAAAUUCUGCAUUUCUUUUUGAGAUCUCCCUGCAUUCAGUAACCUCAGCUCCUAACUUUGAUGGGAAUAUGUCCCUAUCAGAAGUACAGUAUGUCCCCCUCUUUAGAAACCUAGCUACCCUAGCCCCCACUUUGGAGAUAAACUUAUAAGUAAGUAGUUUACUUAUAAUUCAAUGAUAGGUCCCCAUUCAGAAACCUCCCACUUUUUCAGGGCUGUGCUAAUUCAUUGCAGGGUGUAAAUUUGCUUUACAAUUUAUUUAUUAGCCCAAGAAAUAGAAGAAGUCACUCCAAAUAUUUGUCCUCAGUUUCUGAUGCAGCAGUGUCGCCGUAAAAAGUGUUCACAAAGUCGUGUUCAUUUUACUUUGCCCUAUUGCUGGCAGUUGAAGCUAUCAAGCAGUUCAUGGUGCAGUUUUGAUAACACAGAUUGUGAGAAUAUUGAGAAAUAUUUUUGUGAUGUCAACUGCACUGCUGCAGAAUUGAAUAUUUCAACAAAACUACCUGGAGAUGUACUGUCAAGGUAUGCACAGGAAUAUAUGCUUUAUUAAUAUAGGCCUGAUUUAUACUUACUGUACAGGCAGAUGCCUAAAGGCUAGUUUCCACUCAGGAAAAUUAUCCGUGGAUUGGAGCGGACAAGAAAAUUUUUCUUUGUGUCAAAGUUAUUAGUUCCAACCCAGAGCUCACAAGAAAAAGAAAUACUUUCUUGUCCGUUCCAAUCCAUGGAUAAUUUUCCCGAGUGGAAACUGGCCUUUAGAGAGAUUACACUUCCACUAGAGUUACUGCUACUAUGAGCCAAUCAGAAUUGUAAUUAUAUUUUUUUCAACAGUGUUCGUUUAGACUUCCAGUCAAUGUCGGGCCAUCCUUCUGCUGGUGAAGAUUUUAAAAUCCGUCGUUUGGAGUGUCGACAAAAGACGACCCAGUAUGGAAGUGAAGCUUGGUGUGAAACACCAUGGAUGUGGUACAAACUGGAAUUACCAAAAUGGAUUAAAUUUGAAACUAGUAAGGUAAGUCAUGCUUGUCCACGCUGUCAGCAGGGUCUGAAAUUUGCAGUAUCCCGAUAUCCACAGGAUACCAAAAAUUUGGUUUUGGAUACCAAACUAUGAAUGAUACUAUCCUGACUGGAUACUAAAAAAAUUCCUUUGAUGGGCUCCUGAAAGUUUUUGAAUAUUAUCAGUUUACCACCAGUCUUUCCUCAAUGAGGACUAGCAUAUAGAAGUUUGUUGAAGGAUUAUGUGGAUUAAUUGUUUAUUUGUUGUUGACUGUGGAGUCUCCUCAGUUGUUAUUGUAAUUUGUAACAGUGAGUGUUAUGGAAACGUAUUUGGAUGGGACAGGAUAUAAUACUUAUGGUACUGGUAACCAGUGUCCAGAAGUGGGAUACUGGAUUCUCAGGAGGUAUACUAAACUUUGAAUCCUGGUAUCCCCUUUGGAUACUGAGAACAAAUAUAAAUUUCAGACCCUGGUCAGUAACACAGGAUGGACAAUUCAAUAUUAAUAAUAUGAUUGUCAUUUUUAGGCAAGUGUGUUUGAGGAAUUGUUCUUGGAAGGCAACUUUCCGGUUGAUUUGUGGUCAAGUCAUCGACGUAGGCCCUCUGCUUUCUUGACAGAGAGUGAAGUUAAUGAGAAAAAGAGGUAAAGAAAAUGAAAAGAGUGCCGAUCCAGUGAUCGGAAAGUUCCAAUGGAUAAUUCCAGCUAUCAACUAAUUUUUUUAUCUAGACAAAAAAGACGAAAUAUAUCAUUAUAGCUCAAAAGAGCAUCCUAAAAUUAGUAAAAUGCAAAGUUUGUUUGCGAAAUGUUGUAAAAUACGAAAAAUAUAACUCUGUAAAAUGAGCAAAUUUUGAGUAUUUUAAUAUUACGCACGGAAAAUUAUGCACCCCUUUCGGCUCAAUUGGAUUGUUGUGAACAUCCAAUAAGGCCGUCCAGUCACGCAUUGCCAUGUAUUCCAUUCAUCUUUAUUCCAUUCAUGUUUAUUUCAUUCAUGUUUAUUUCAUUCAUGUCUAUUUCAUUCAUGUUUAUUUCAUUUAUGUUUAUUUCAUUCAUGUUUAUUCCAUUCAUGUUUAUUUCAUUGAUGUUUAUUUCAUUCAUCUUUAUUUCAUUCAUGUUUAUUUCAUUCAUGUUUAUUUCAUUUAUGUUUAUUUCAUUUAUGUUUAUUUCAUUCAUCUUUAUUCCAUUCAUGUUUAUUUCAUUCAUGUUUAUUUCAUUGUUACAAGCGGACAAGAACAGCAGACGCCAGAAGUAAAGACUGAAUCCACACCAAGCUCACCAGUAUCAACUCAACCUCCUCCACUCACUUCAGAGCCAGUUAGAGAGACUGCUCCUCUCCAGCCUUCUAACUGUCAUCGCACGAGAGUUGAACCUGGUUCCCUAGAAUACAAGGAGAUCGAAAAACUUCUGGGUAGUUCUACUAACCAAGAUGCUCUGGUUGUAAACCAGAUGGAAAAGAUAGUUAGUGAUGCUCUUUGGGAUAAGUAUAAGAGGUAGGGAAUUUGACAAACGGCUGAUGUUUACGACAGGCUGUCCAAAAUUACUUGCGGGAGAAAUUCAACCAAAUUGGGUUACCGCAAAAUCGGCUUCGCGAUAACUUGGGUUUACAAAAACAAAAACUGUCACACGAACUUAGAAUUUAUUAUUUUAUGUGACCUUAAAAACUCAUUAAUAAUUCAUGAAGAAAAUUCAAAAGAAAUGUUUAAUCAAUGUUUGCAAAUCGGAUAAAGAUUUGUCAUGAUUUACGUAAACUUCAGUUUUGAUUUUCUCAGCUUAGACAAUGUUUAGUUUUAAAAUUACUUCGCCAAUGAACUCACAAGAUGGGUCGUAUAUCAGAUAAAGAUAGGCUGCUAACUUUUUAACUAGUACAAAUGAAUUGUAAAGUAACCCAAUUAGAUCGCAGAACGCGUUUAAAUAUUAUUAACUGUUAACACAGUUGUUAAUUAUAGAAUCAAGAGAUUACGGACUUACAUUAAGUACUUUAGGGUAAUUAGGGAAACCAAAUCAGAUUACCGUAAAAUAAAGUUUGCGCUAACGCGGCGCAAUUUUGGACAGCCUACGACUGAUGUUGCAAAGCAAAAAUCCAGGAUGUGGACCUUUCUAAAAAUGGACGUGCAGAAAAUAAUGUUAAUUUAUUACAUUCUAUGUAUAGUAGUCUUGUUUUUUAUGUCAAGUGAAUAGAAUUGAAAGAUGUAGUUUAAUUUACUUGCUGCUGGAACUGCCAACAUUUUUGAAGUUGAGCACCAUCUACUGCUCUGGAACGCUGAGAGUGAAGCUGCCCCUGUACCGUUAUACGCUUCUCACACUUCUUCUUUUAUUCAACAGCAAAAAGAAAUCCAUGACAGAUGAGCUUCGAAUAGGAGAAAAUCUGAACGAUCGUAGGCUGUUUAUACCAUGUCUAUCUGAAGAUAUUGAGAGAAUUAUGAGAGGAAAUAUCCAUGAUAGCAGUAUUAGCAGAAUCUUACAUAAACCAUUCGGUCCAGGAUAUUACUUCACAUCGAAUGCAUCGUUAUGUAUACAGUGGUGCAGAGACCAUCUGGCAGGCUCUCAAGUCUCUCUCAUCGUAUGUCAAGUCUUGCUUGGAAUCUCUACCCAAGGUACACGUGGUUUAAAAGAAUUCCCUCGUCGUCAUGAUGGCAAGUUCUAUGACUCCUUGGUAGACAGCAAAGACGAUCCUUCUGUCUUUGUGAUUGAAAAUGUUGACCAGUGUUAUCCAGCAUUCGUUCUCGAUAUUUUGUACGCCGCUACUCCGGUGAACGAGACACAAGCAAUGCUACAAGGUUUGAUUUAUUUAUUUAUUUGUAAUGCCAUAGAUGGUUAUAGCGCUUUUUAUAUGGUGCCAAAUGCGUGAUGGUCAACUUCAACUGUAUUGACAUGACCAAAGCCGGGCCAAUACACGCUUCCUGAAAGUAUGUCACCUUGCCUAUAUAGAGCCUCGAUUCCGUGAUUGAGACGUGAACUUUAACAAAUGUCACACGCACGAAAACGAGGCUCUAUAGCCAAGGUGACGUAAUUUCCGAAAGGGUGUAUUAAAAUGAAAACAUAUAGAGAACAAUUUAGUUACUUUGAUGAUUAUAUAGUAGAAGCGUAGUGGAAUCUAUAUUAAAGGACGGGCAAGGAUUAAUUUGCAUACGGCUAGUUGUACUCAGAAAGUCAUGUCAAAAUGUGCUUUAAAGUUCUCCUGAGCCAAAACUUUCUGUAUCAAUAUGUGUUUUGAACAUUUCUGAGUCGGUCUAUCACGAAAAAAUUUUUUCGAUCAGCCCGACAUUUUCUAAGUCAAAUUUUGGUCGAAAUUUACUAUGGCAAGCUCAGCUUUACUUGACUCAAGAAUCCGGGCAACGGGCAAGCGUAGUGGAAUCUAUAUUAGGGAGCUUAAGAUCUACAACGCGAAUUUGUGACGCGGACGUGCUUACCGAAGCCUAGUUUUCGCGUGUACGCCUAGUCAGAGUUGUCAGAGUUUAUUUCUUUGAGAUUUGUGACACUGUGAUGACACGUUAACAGCCAUAUGAAAUGAUAGAAACCAGGCUUUAUAGACUAUUGUUACGAAUGCACAUUUUCCCGCCAAAACUACCAUCCGAGACGACAUGAUAUUUGCAAAGAUUCGUCGUCAUAGAAGUCGUAAAAACUUAUGAUAAAAAAUAUCUUCUUAAUAUAUUGCUAGCCUUUGUUAUGUUGUACAUUUUUUCCAGUAUAAUUUCAUUUUAUUUACUGUGAUACAAAUAUUUUAAUGGAAUUUGCCAUCGUUUUAAAAUAAAACUUGUUUAAUGCGACGUCCGCGUCGUAAGUUCGCGUUGUAGAUCUUAAGCUCGCUAUUAAAGGACGGGCAAGGUCCCGCAAGGAUUAAUUUGCAUACGGCUCGGUACUCAGAAAGUCAUGUCAAAAUGUGCUUUAAAAUUCUCCUGAGCCAAAACUUUCUGUCUCAAUAUGUGUUUUGAACAUUUCUGAGUCGGUCUAUGACGAAAAAAUUUUUUCGAUCAGCCCGAAAUUUUCUAAGUCAAAUUUUAGUCGAAAUUUGCUAAGGCAAGCUCAGCUUUACUUUACUUUUCAAGAAUCCGGGCAACGGGCAAGCGUAGUAGAAUCUAUAAUAAAAUCUGGGUAAGCCUAAUAUUUUCUAAGUCAAAAUUUGGGCGAAAUUUUGUAGCAUCGUAACUUUGUUGAGUUAACUAUUGACAUGCUAUUGGGACUCCCGAAUUGUUCAGCACGUUGAUCCAUCGGUUUAGAACUCUAGCUUUUGCAUUGUUUAAAACCCUUAAUGUUGGUUCGACUAUAGGCAUUUUUUAAAUAUGUUAAAAUGAUCUAAAUGACGAACGAAACGCUGGGUCAAUAAAUGGUUCUCGAAGAGGAGGUGUUUUAUAUUGGCAGCGUUCGCUUCUUUAUUCAUGCAAAUUACGCCGUGUAGUUUAAUGUAAUGAGCGUAGUGGUUUUUAAUAUUUGUUCAGUUAAAAUGCUCGAGGGCGUGAAUAAUUAUUUUUUGUGGGCAAUUGAGGUUUCAGGUCACUAACCAGGUCGUUAACAAACCCCAACCCCUUAAUCAAAAUUUAAUGGUCCAUGACUGUCUUUGUUGUGGUGAGAUUGUCUGGGAAUAUUAAUAAUAUGCAUAUUGUUAUUCGACGCGUACAGACAAGAAUUGCUUGUACGUUGAGAUCGAGAAUUAAAUAAUCGGACACCGUGCCACAUUUCAUGAGGAUCGCACCCAAAAUGGAGGAGCCUUAGGCUUUUUUCGAAGAGCGUCGACCCCGACCAGUUCCUGGUCCAAAAAUGUGCAAUUACGAUCGUGGCAGUAAUGUCUGAUGCAAAACGAACGCAAACACGUGAUUUUCAUAAUUUUUCUCUAGAUUUUGAAAUCGUUGAGGAUAACCAUGGAUUGACAGCUACACCUCGACACAAUUACCCCCAAAUACCCCCACCUACAUAUGUACCCCCUAAUAAUCAUCCACUUUCGCCAGCAUAUGUACCCCAAAUUCCCAACACAGCAUCUGUUGCACUGCAACAACAACCAUUACCCCCAAAUACCCCUUCAGGCCCACCUGAUUUUGUCAAAGCUCCCCCACUCUACUCAGAAAGAGCGCCAGCCCCAGUUCCUCCGCCCGAGUACACUCCUUACCCCGCCCGCCCACCACCACCAAGUGUUGUACCCUCAAGAGGUAAUGUGAGGCAAAUGUCAGCACCACGCUCGUCUGGAGAACCGAAGGACAAGAAAGAUUGUUUGGUGAUGUAAACCAGUUCAAAUGUUUUUGAUAUUUUUGCAGAUUAUACCUGUAAGCCCCGUUUACAAGAGCAAAUUUUAUUUGACAAAUUUAAUAUGACAAGUGCAUUUGAUCAAAAGCUAGAAUGCUAGCUUGUGUUUAAAUGCAUUUGUCACAAUAAAUUUGUCACCAAUGUAUCAUCUACACGAGCAAAAUAUCUUUGACAUAUGAAAUUUGUCAAAUAAAAUUUGCUCGUGUAAACAGGGCUUAGAUGAUUAGAUUUUUGUUAGCCUAGACCCAGGACCUUUACUCGGCAGACGACACUUGAUUCAUCAGGUUAAUUCACUUCAAUGACGUCACUAAGUGGGAUUUCUUACAUUUCUCGCUUCGCCCUUCCUCUGCCCCGCCCCCAAAUUGCCUAGGUUCCAGUCAUCUCGCAUGAAAAAGCGCUGAAGGUCCUAGGUGUAGGCAAUGUAGGCUGGAUUUGUGAGAUUAUAUUUGUGUCUCGUAUUAUAAUAGUCGAAGUUAAUUGGUGGGUUUCAGUCACGUGUUUUAUGCGGUGUUACACAUGGUGGUCGGCUUUCAUGUUUUCAGCAGGGCGCUUACAUACCCUGGUUUUCAGUCUUAUGACAACGUGGAAAUGAUGGGAAAUGUUGCCAGUACAAAAACAGUACAUGUAUUUGCUGCAACACAUCAAGUGAAUACGCAGUGUUUUUCGUCACUUUGUCUUUCAUUUUAAUUAUAGUUGAGUGAGUUGACCACGAUGUGUUCUACUGUCACACUUUAUGAAACCCAUCUAUGUUUUGUAUCUGUGUUCAGAAAUUAUAUUACAAUAAUGAAACAGUUAAAACUCGCACAAUAGAGCCACUGCAUGAAGAACCAUUCUUUGAAAUGAUGGUCAUGAAUUAUUAAUGAGUUUUUAAUGCAGUUACAAGCUGCUAUAUAACCAAUUUAAUACUGGGACAUAUCUAAAAUUAUCAAAACGGAUAAGUUUAAUCAAAUUUAUCUGUUAAGGUCCGUUCAAAGCAGUUCCAACGUCAUCCUACAAUACAUUGUUAGAUGCGACAUUGUUGGGUCUGUUUGGACUAAUGACGAGGCUAACCAUAGCAACAGCUCAUUCCAUGCAAAUUUUCAACGAUUCAAAUUUUCAAAGGUUUAUUAGCAUGACCAUGGCUAGCCUCGCCAUUCGUUUGGGCAUGAUGUUGACCUAUGUUUGGUAAUGUUGGUUUGCUAUCAGUGGCUUGGACUUGAUUCUAAAUAUUCAUCCAACAUCAUUUGAACGGGCCUUAUAUAUAAGAAAUACCUCAUUUUGUGCGGGUUUUGGUGGGAGGGGAAAUCAAGGAAAUCAGGAAAACAAGGAUACUUUCCAAGAAAUCAUGUAGAAAUUCUCGAUGAUCGUAACAGAAAAGGAUUACAGGUACACCUCCUUCAUUUCCAAUGUGGGCAUGAACCACUCAUCUCUGUGACUGAGGUGCCAUUCCUGUAAUAUGCAGUUGUCUCAUUAUGAAUAUUUAUAAUUCGUCACAUGUGAGAAGAGUGCUUCCAGUUCUACUCUUAUUUUAUUCGUUCUACUCUUAUUCGACCUCCGGCGAGAACAGUUUAGAAGUGAUAGAGCUAUGCAGUA